CGCAUUACACCCAACGCGAGGGGAGAGGGAGGAGGGGAAAGAGCGGUCGAGGUGCUGCUCGCGGGUGCUCGCGCCGCAAGCGAAAGAAAGCAAGGCUCCGUCUGCUUGGCUGCCUCUCAGAGUAGCAGCAGAGGCAAUACGAAGAGGGACAAGUAGGAGCAAUGUGAAGCUGUUUAAGUGUAUUUGCCGUUCUGCGGUUGUUUCUGUCUGUGGAGUGGCUGUAUUUCUCUUUUGAUACUGACAAAUAUGGAGGAGCAGAAGAAAGAGGAGGAGCGUCAGACAGCUGAAAAAACUGAACCUGAAGCUCAAGAAUCCGAGCUUGGAAAAAAAACUACUGAAGAUGAAAGUUCAUGUGAUACAGGUCCUAAAAAUGACCCAAAUAUUCUUGAAGGAUGUGCCAAAGAAACAACAGGCAGUGAAAAGAGCCAUCAGGACCAAGACAUGCUUCCUUCGAAGCUAGAUGAUCGUAAGGAUGAAGGAGUGCAACCAGAAACGACAGCUGAAUCACAAAAUCCAGUUGUUGGCGGGAGCAAUACUUUGGUAGCUUUGCCUGUGAUUGUUGCGGACAAAGUAAGCAGCAGAGAACAAUCAGGUGCAUCGAAAGAUCAACAGAACAGACUACCACGAGCAGUCCAAUUGCAUAGUCCCACUUUUGUGACAAAGCAAUUAAUAUUUGUUAAGAAAAUAAUUCCCAACAAACAAAGUUCUCUUCCUCCAAAGUUGCAGGCAGUUGAACAACAAAGUUUACCUAGUCCAAGUAAUUUGGAAGAUUCUAGUAGUGGUGUUAAAAGAAAACGUGACAAGAGUGUUAGUAAUGGUGCUUUAGAAUCAAGUGAUGUGACACCCACAAUUCCUCAAGAACCUUUAAAUAAGCGUCGUCGUAAUUUAAAAACUGAUGGUACAUAUCAGAACCGUGCAGAUACUGAGGAUAAUUCAUUUCAAGUUGAACAAGACAUGAUUGAAAGGAAAUAUGUGAGAUUGCCCAGAUUUAAAGAAUUAGAAGACACACUUAUAAAAUGGACUAUUCAUGCUCAGAAAUCAAAUGUCCCUAUAAAUGGUGUGAUUUUAAGGAAGAAGGCCUUAAAUGUUGCAAAGAAAUUAGGAAUUACAGACUUCACUGCCUCAAACGGAUGGAUUGACCGUUUUAAAAAAAAACACAAUAUUGUGUAUAGGGCUGCUCGUGGGGUCAGAGUAUUGUCAGAAGGGGAGACAAAAAAACUCAAUGGGAAAAUGGGUGUGGAACCCAACCAACCAGGUGGACAACAGCUAAUAGAAAAUGCAAAACAAGUGUCAAAUUUUAAGAUUUUGGAUCUAGAUCGAUUUUGUUGGAUUUGCCACAGAGAUGGAAUAGUUAUUUGUUGUGCAACAUGUCCCAGAGUUUAUCACAUGCGAUGUGUACAAUUGGAAAAUUCUCCUUCUGAGGAAUGGGUCUGUCCAGAAUGUAUGACUAUUCUGAAUGCAGAGAAUGUGGAAACAAGGUCUCGGGCCAUGCGACAACUCAGUCUGGACCAGCUGUGCAACUUGCUGAAGUACGCGCUGCAUCGUAUGAAGGCGUAUCCCGGGACUGAGCCAUUUUGCAAACCAGUGGAUCAGACAAUGUUCCCACGUUACCGUGAAUUUGUUGCACAUCCUAUGGACCUUUCUCAACUAGAACGAAACAUUAGGAGGAGGAUGUAUGGUAGCACGGAAGCAUUUAUUGCAGACACCAAGUGGAUAUUACAUGAUUGCAUAAUCUUUAAUACACAUCACACUAAACUUUCAAGCACUGCCAAAGCUAUAUUGAAAAUAUGUAAACAGGAGAUGUCAGAAAUCGAGAUUUGUCCAGACUGUUAUUUGAAUGCUCACACACGUAAAGACUCCUGGUUCAUAGAAGUUUGUCGCAAGCCUCAUGUACUUCUUUGGGCAAAACUGAAGGGUUUUCCUUUCUGGCCAGCAAAAGUUAUGCGCACAAAUCGGGAAAACAUGGUUGAUGUGCGUUUUUUUGGUGCUCACGAUCGUGCUUGGGUUCCUGUUAGAGACUGCUUUCUGUAUAGUAAAUGUAUUCCAACGAUUGCUCGUAAUAAGAAGAAACACAACUUAGAAGCUUGUGUUAAUGAGGUAGAACAACACAUUAGAAAAUUACGAGAGCGAUUUGGACGUUUUGAAUAUGCUCCAUUUCGAACCCCAUUUGAUCCAAGUCAUGAAGAGGAGCACUUGGCCACAUUCCUGCCAGGUUAUGCUGGAGAGAAAACUGUAUCUCAGAUGCCAUUCCAGCACCGUUUUCGACCUAGGAUUCUCAGAAAACCUUCAGAUAAACCUCCAACAACAGAUCCCCAAACACGCCUUGGAGGAUUCCGUGUGACGUCUGUUAGCUCCGAGGCACCUUCUAAGAUUGGUGCAGAUGCUGCUGCUGCUGCAAGUGCAGAUGAAGCCGAUGAUGAAGGAGCUGGUGGAGGAGGAGGUGACGGUUAUGAUGGUUGUGAUAGUGAACCUUCAGAACCAGUUGCAGUGCGACCUGCAUCUGCACCACCUACCUCUCCUCCUUCAUCUACCCCAACAAGGCCACUGCGAGUAUAUAGUCGUAGGCGGCCAUCUCCCUCAGCACCAAACGUAACACACCCAAUCCAAACAGAACCCAUUAAUGCAGAGGAGCAACUUGAAUCUUCUAAUGAUAUCAGUAUUAUCAAGCAAGAGCCUGAAGAAAUUGAGACAUCAAAAAUUGGAAGUGCAUUACUUAGUGACUGGGCACGUUUUGAAAUGGAAGCUGCUCGUAUAACAAUGAAUCAACACCAGUCAAAUACAUCUGACGCUGAUCUAGAGGAGUCAGCUGCAAUUGAGGUUAUGGAUAUUGUGGAAAUCAAAGACGAGUUAGGCAUGCCUGAACUGCCUGGCUCUCAUCCAACCGAUCCAUUGUCUCCUUCUUCACAUGUCUCCAAUACUUCUCCGAAGCCUCCAAUGUGUAAUGAUUCUGUUGCAUCACCUAGUUCCACACCAGUUGUUACACCAGCAGAAGGGUGCUCUGACAGUUUGCCUGCCGGUAAGCAAUCGCUAUCCUCAUCACCUGCUUCACCAUCACUUCCACCACCUUCAAACGUCCAUUUAUCUUCAUCGGAUACCAAGAACGAUGAUGCAUCUACGGUUGAGAAAGCAGACCGUCCUGCUCCAUCUGGUGAAAGUGACUUGGAGUCUCUGAACAUAACAGAAGAUGAUACAUCUUCACUGUCAUCUGCUUCAGAAACAGCUGAACGAGAAAUUUGGGCAAGAAUGACAGAAGAAGAGGAAGAGGAUGAGGAAGAAGAAACCAAAGAAGACACAGAAAGACCUGCAGAAGAGUCAGAGGGUAUUCCUCAGACAACAACGGACCCUGGAAAGCUGGCCACGGAAAAUGAUUCUAAUAGUAACAUUUCACGCAAGCGAUCUCGUGAAUCAGGAGAUUCAGAUGAUUCCUCUGCACCUUCUAAUACACCGAAGAUACAGAAACUUUCUCCACAAGAAACCAGUACUCCUACUCUUGUGGAGGUACCUCAACAUCAACAUUCAGGAAGUGGUGACAAGUUAGAGGAUGCGUCUGACAAAAAGGCAGGGAUGCUUCCUGAUCUAAUACGUCGACUUCAUGGUGCACAGCCACGAAUGUAUAAAACACACACAAGCCGUUUAAAGAUAGGGACAGAUGAAACUAGUGAUUCAGAAGACAAAUAUGAUGGUUUCCAAGAAGGGGAAGAGAGUGAUUCAGGAUUGACCGCUGCUGAUUAUGGGGCUGUAAAUAGCCCUGUUGGCGGUGAUAGCAACAGUAACAGCAAUAGUUCACUUAGUUCAAGCUCUAGUUCAAACAGUGGGGCUAGCAGUAGUAGUAGUAGCAGUAAUAGCAGUUGCAGUAGCAGUAAUAGUAACAACAGCAGCAGUAGUAGUAGUACAAGCAGCAAUGUAUCCAGCAAUAGUCAAAGUAGUGAUCCAAAGCCACCAGAUUUAGUGUUGGUCCAGUCAGAAACUUUGGAAGUAAAAGAAGAAGUUGAAUCAGAUAAAUGGACUGCAGGGGAAAUAAAAAUUACUGAUGUAUCCACUGAUAAUGAGAAGGAUGAUGUAAAACCUGUAUCAACAAAUGCAGAAAAUAAAACUGAGGAGAAAAUAGUGUCUGUGGAUGGAAAGAACAAUGAAGAAAAAGGCAAUUUAGAUGAAACAACAAAGACUGAGAUGAACAAAAAUAUUGAAAAUGUAGACAGUGUUUCUUGCCCCAAAAUAAAAAAUGAAAAGGUUGAAAAUGAAAUGGAGGGUAAAGUCACCACUGAAGAUUACGAAAAGGAAACCAAAAAUACUGAGGGAGGGGAAGAAGCUGAAAUAGAGAAAUCUAUUGAAAAAGAGCUGAAAGAAGAAAAACCAGAAAAGGAGGAGAAAAUAUUGGAUAUGGAGAUAGCAAAAAGUGAAGGUGUCUUAGAAAAGGAAGACGAAGAACAAUUAAUAGAGGAUUUAAAAAAGCAUUCUCAUCAGGAUACAGGGUUAGAAGCAAAAGACAAAUCAGAAAAACAAGAGGAAGAUAAUGUAGGAAAAGGAAUACAAGAUGUGGAAAAUGACAGAAAGGAAGUCCAAAUAAAACAGUCAAAAGAUGUUAUAGAACAAGACAAGACUAUCAAUGUUCCAAAAGAGGAAAUUAAAAAUGAGAUUGAUAGAAUGAGUGAAGAAGAAAAUGGAAAAGAGGAUGAAAAAAAAAUGCAAGAAGAAAAUACAAAGGAGGUUGAAGAUAAGCAGAAUCUUGAAAAAAUGAAUUUAGAUACAGACAAAUGUAAAGAAGUUGAGAACCUUGUAGCUAAUGAAAAUCAGAAAAUUGAAAAUGAGAGCAGUCAUCAGAAGGUACAUGCAGAAAUAGAAAAAGAACUUGCAGAAACUGAAAACCAAACUGGGGUCAAGAAAGAAAGUUUGAAAGGAGAGAUGAAAAUAUGUCACAAUGAGGACUUAAAAGAACAUAAGGUAAAUAAGAAAGUUGAUCAGAAAUCAAAUGAUGAAAAUAAGAAGGAAGUCAAAGAGAGUCAAAAAGAACUCUUGAAACUUGCUGAAAAAGAACCAAAUAAAGAAAAUCAAAAACAGUCUAAAAGCAAAAAUCAGAAAGAGAAUGAAAAAGAAAGCCAGAGAGAGAGAGACCAAGAAGAUAAACAAGAAAAAGAUAAAAUUGUUCAGAAGAUGUCUACAAAAGAAAGCCAGAAAAUAAUUACUAAGGCAUCUCCAAAAGUGAAUUCUAAGACUAGUCAAAAAGAUCCUGAAAUAGGUUGCAAAAAGGAGAGCAGUAAGAUUGAUCAAAACAUACUAAAAAAAGAAAAGGAGAAAAUAGGGAAGGAAACUGAAAACAUUUCACAAGAAGAUUCUCUAGAAAGUAUAGCAAAAGAAAAUGCAACAGAGUUGGAAACAAAAUGUGGAAAAGGUAAGCAACAAAGUGAGCGGGAAAUUACAACAGAUGAAUUAAAAAAUGUUCAAUCUCAAAAUGGUAAACAGGGCAAGAGAAUAGAUAAAAAUGAUGUUAAUAUAAACAAUGGAAAAGUGGAGGUAGAAAAGGAUAAAAAUGACAAGGUGGUAAAAGAGAAAGAACAAAAAAUAGAAAUAGAGAAAGAAAAAUGUGAACAAGAAUUUAAACAAAAAGGAAAAGCUGAAAAGGAAGGAGAUAGUAAAGACAAAAAUCUUGGUGACAAAGGAAGGCAAAUGCCGAAAGAAAAUCAGCUAGACUCAACAAAACAUAAAGAAAAGAAGGAUGUUGAGUUGAAAUUAAAGGAAAAAGACAAAAAGAAAGGAAAGGAAUCUCAUGAUAUUUGUAUUAAACGAAAUAAAGAAGUUAGUAGAAAGUCAGCACCAAGAAAGCUUCUUCCAGCAAUGCGGGCUCCAUCUAGAAGUCCAGAGUGUGACACCUUUUCUAAUUGUGGGACUGAUUUCCUUGAAAAUAUCAAACAAGAACCCAUGGAUAUUGAAGAAGAGGAAAUAUCAACCACAGAUGAAGAGGAUCAAACAAUGACAAUAGUCACCAAUGACACUUCAAGCAUGGGACGAGAAAAGCAAGAGAAAAGAGAUGGCAGUAGAACUAAUCUUCCUCUGCAAGAGCCAACAACUAAUGAUGAUGAUAGAGAUGGUGAUAGUCCUGCCUCUCUGAAUGACAAAGAUAAUGUGCUCCCUUCAUAUUUGUACCCCAGUGUGACUAUUACUGUUGACAAUGACAAGCGUGUGGAAACAAGCGGUCCUAUUGUCCCUCCUGGUUCUGGAGGAUCUACUCGGGGAACAGGUACCCAAGGUGAUGGCACCAUCAAUAUCGAGGAAGUGAAAGCCAGUGUUGGCUUGCCUAGUGCUAUUAGUUUGAGUGUCAUUGCAGCUAGUAGUGGAGGAACAAAUAGCAACAGUAACAAUAAAGAAGCUAAUUCAAGUGGAUCAACAGUUGUUACUGGGGCUGGUGAACCCACCUCUGUUGUUGCUACUAGCAGUAGUGAUUCACCUGAUUGCCGUGCUGUUUCUGUACCCACCAUUGUUACAACUCCAUGUGGCCUAACUGUGACAGCCCACAACGGACUGCAGAUUUCUACACAACCAGCCCCUCCACAGCCUCCACCUGUUAUACCUACGCAAGGAGAGAUCACUCCAGUGGCUCCUUCUGCAAGAGGUCGUGCUCGGAAAUCAUUUCCCAACCGUCCACAUCCUCAAGUGAAAAUUACUCAGAGUUUAUCAAACGGCAAGGGUCCUGCUGGGCGUCGUGGCUCACUUGAUACAAGAAGGGGUUCAUUAAGUUCCCUUACUGGUGAUGUAACAGCACCGUCAAAUGAGAGUGGUAAUCCUGCUACAGGAAAUACAUCUCUCAAUGGUGAUGUGUCUAUGAUGUUCCUGUCACCUGUUGCAACACGCAAUCCAGGUCUUCCUAAUGGACCAGCUGCUCCGCUAAUGAACGGGGACCACAGUGGCCCUGUCCGACCUGGAGCACCUCCAGUUGCAGCAGUUCACCAGGCUGUGACACAAGCUGGAGGUCGCUUGCUGCCACAGCUUCAGCCACGGCCUCUGGGUCAACCAGGAGGAAAUUCACUUGGUGCUAAAUGCAACGGUUCUGUUCCUGCAGAGGCUGGCCCUAUUUCACAAGAGAUCUGCAACCACGCUCAGAAAAUGGCAGGAUACAUGCAGCAAGCUAUUGAAGAGAUGCUUCGAGAUAUGUGUAAUGCUGGGAAUGUGGAAGCUAGUACGAAGAUGCUGCAACUUGAAUUGGAAAAGGUGCAUUGGCGCUAUCAGCAGGAGAUUGCUGAACUGAAACACAAUACUGACCUUCUGUUAGUAGAAAUGCGUGCUAGUAUGAUGUCAGAACAGCAGCGUGCUGUAGCUGAUGCAGUACGUCAGUGUGAGAUGGAGAAGCAACGUGCUAUUGAAGAGACUAAGAAGAAACAAUGGUGCACAAAUUGUGGCAAAGAAGCCCUUUUCUAUUGUUGCUGGAAUACAUCAUAUUGUGAUUACCCAUGUCAGCACAUGGCAUCAUGUGGCCAGGCAGAAUCUAUGAAGGCCAGAGAAGCUGCCGAAAAUGGAUUACCACAGGCAGCUGGUCCCGCAGCAGCACUUAUGCAUCAUGCUCCACAGUCUAAAGGAUACGGAGCAGGAUCACAGCCCUGGCCUGACCCUGUACCAAACUCUAAUCCUUGGAGCUCGCCCUCCUCCAGUGGUGUGGGUGGUGGAGGUGGUGAGGGGGAGGAAGAAGACAUCUUAGACAGCAGAAGCCCCUCGCCACCAGACACCGAGCAAGACCCAAAUAACAAUGCAAGUGAGAGGUUGCAACAAGGUCCUGAGCAGCGACUCUCUGGGCCACUCCCUUCUGGAGCGUCCACAUCCACAGGAGGGGGGCACUCUGCAGAGGGAGCAUCGCGCAAGUCUAUGGUGAAGCGCAAACGCUGCGGGCGCUGUGCUGGGUGUUCACGGUCAAACUGUGGUCGGUGCCCACCGUGCCUCAACUCUCGCACUCACCAAGUGUGCCGUGAGCGGCGAUGUUCUGACCUACAGCCAGUGGAAGUUGUUCCAGGCCCUUCCUCCAAGAAGAGCCAGAAGACGAUGUCUGUGUCACCACAGAUGUCUAUUCCAACUGGAGCAGCACCUUCAAGUAAAGCAAUAGCUCCUACGGGUGUUCAGACUCAUCGGCCAAGAGGACCUACACCACCUUAUGGAUUAAUGCCCAUGCCGAGACCCCCAAUGCAGGUAGGGACUCGGCUGUGUGUUCGCAAUUCCUCCGCCGCGUCCAAGGGGCAUCUCCUGUCAUCCUAUGCCAUGUAUCAGGGCGAGCAACAACGGGCGGCACUUGUGUUGCAACAACAGCAACACCAACAGCGAGCACAGUUGCUCGCGUCUCAGUUCCCGCCACGGGGUCCGCCGCUCCCACCACCUCACGGCCCGCUGGGAGUACAGGGAGUGGGACCUCGACACCGAGCCCCCGUGCAGUUCGCACUGCGCCCACCACAUUACUUCAUUUGAGACCCGUGGUGGCAGCCCCCGUCGUACGGUUACCGCUGCCAUGAGGCGUGCUGCUGCGCUCACCACUGUACCUAAGUGUUGCACGACCACCGGUGAGCGCAGCCACUCCAGCAAAUGUUACAUCUUCCACUACUGUUGCUACAGCAGCAGCAAAACACACUUGAACUAAGUGUUUUCUGUAUUAAAUCAGCAGUGGAUUGUGUAUUUGAAGAACAGUAACAACAUUAUAGGGUGUGUAGUGAAUGUGAAUUAAUAUUACAAGUUAUUUGGAUGAAGAAUUUUUCCAAGAUAUUUUGGGACUAUGUCAAUAUUGCAUAUAUAUUUAUUUAGAGUGCUUAUAUGAUUAUUACUAGUGUUAAUUAUGAACUUCCUGUUCAUUAUUGCUCCUGUUCCUAUAGAUUUAAAUGUGAUAUGGAUCCUUCAUUCAGCUAUAUGUGUGUGCAAGAUUGUAUAUUUUUACUUUUGUUUUUUGUGAAAAGCAAAGUUAUUGUAGAAUAUUUUAUUUGAAUAUUUUUAUCCAUUUUAAAAACUUAUCAAAAGUUGUCCCAAUGAGGUGUGACUCUGUGAUUAAAGAUGAGAAGUUUUUGUGUGAGAUACUUGUGCCAAGGCAGACAACUCGGUUUCUCUGAAAUACUGGGGAUCUGUCACCGUGCGUAUUGUAUAGAUUAUGUGGCAGCUAUUGCUUAAUCAUCAUCUCUUUGUAUUGCAUUGUACAUUUAAGUGCUGAAUGCAUGCUUUUUGUCUUUGUUUAUUGUAGCCUAAAGAAAUGAAUGUACGAGUUAAUGUAAAAGGAGUGAAUGUUGUUUCUUCAAUAAGCUUGUAUUUUCUGUGAAUUCUGAGAUAUUGGCCAUGUUCUGCAGCUGCAAGCAUUGACUCAUGUGAAAUAAAUCUCCAAUGUGAAUUACUGAACACAUUAAAAAAUUAUUUAUGACAAUUUUUUUGAAGGUGAAGAUAUUAUUUAAUUUUUUUAAAAAUUCGACCAUUGUAUAUUCUUUUUCAUCUCAAUAUAAUUUGUUCUUUAUUACAUGGUAUGGCUGACUUUGGAUAAAAGUCUGUUAUUAAGUAUAUCAUUAGCAGAAAAACGAUUUAAGAAAACAGUAUUACAAUGUUAUUAGGCAGAUGUAAGAAUAAUGUACGGGACCUGAUUGGCAAUAUUUAGUUGUUGUUGGAUGAUGAAUGGAAUGCAAGAAUGGCAUUUCUUAUGUGUUGAUCUUUUUAUUCAGGGUGCUUUACGAAUUUGAUGUUUAACUAUUUCAUAACAAUAUCUUUUUCUUUUUGUAAGAAAAUAUAUGUUCAUAAAUGUGACAAUUUGUA